AUGUCAUUCCAGGUUUCAGACUUAUUCUUUGAACGAGCUUCGUUGUUUUAUUCUUGUCUCAUUGCACCCCAAGAAUCUCGUGGCGUGUACAAGAGCAUUAUGUCUAUUCGCACAACUCAUAUUAUUCCAGCAGCAAUUUUCACACUCCUAUUAAUAUGGUUCACAUUCAAUUGGACCGGUCUGUCGACGCAAUCGUCAACACCCCCAGAAGUAAACAUCAAACCAGCUGAAGAAGAGCCUUUCUAUGAUAUCCCUACCAAAGGUCGUCUGUUCGGCCACAAUGGCAUCGCCAACCUUACAAACCCUCACAUUCAAUUCGCAAAGGUCAACAUCGCGGUAUCACAAUCUGAUAUGGCUGAAUUUCCGCUUCUUCAAACAUUGGACAUCAAACUUCCAGCUUCAGCAAAUAUUAACAUAGAUGAGAUUUCAGAACACAACAGUUUAGAACUCGAAUCAACAGUUUCAACCACCAUACGCAUUCCUCGUCUGCCUCAUACUCAGCCAGAUGCUCACGAGUACAUCUUCGGCGUAGCAACAACCUACGACCGUCUCCUCAACAGCCUCGACACAUUCUCACACUGGCUAUCCAACUCCAAUACUCGUCUCAUAGCAGCAAUGGAGCCCUCCCUCGACCUAGAUCUCCCUGACAAAGUCCUAGCAAAAGCACAAUCUCUGAAAAUCCCCCUCGGCACCAUCGACAGUCCCUACCAAUUCCUCGACCGCUACUUCUCUCUCAUCCGCGUGCUCCACGACAAUCGCAGUCCCGACACGAAAUGGUACGCCCUCAUCGACGACGACACCUUCUUCCUCGACCUUGCCAACGUCGUCAACACCUUCAAGGCCAAGUACAACCCCGAUCUGCCCUACUAUAUCGGAGCUCUAACCGAGGAUUUUCAACAAAUGUCCACAUGGGGUUACAUGGCCUACGGCGGCGGAGGCGUCUUCCUCUCCGCCCCUCUCGUCGAGCAACUCCUCCCGCACUGGGAAGCAUGCUACGCUAAACGCAACACGGGCGACCAAAGGCUCGCCGAGUGUAUCUAUCAGCACACAAAUACCAAAUUCACGUGGGAACAUAACCUGCACCAGCUCGACUUACACGGCGACCAGUCCGGGUUCUACGAAGCAUUAAGACCACAGCCACUAAGUGUACACCAUUGGAAAAGUGACGAGUUUCGCUUCCAUGCAGAUAUGUAUAAUCUUAGUCUUGUCAGCACGAUUUGCGGGAAGAGUUGUCUGUUGCAAAAAUUCAAGUUUGGCAAUGGUUGGAUUUUGACGAAUGGGUUUAGUCUUGUGAAGCAUAGUGAUGUUGAUGUGAGGCAUAGGGAUGUAGAUAAGGAUAUUAGUAUGGAGAGGACUUGGGAUUUUUAUUGGGGAGGGGCGAGUAAUAUACAUUUUGAGCAUUCUGUUGGACCAAUACGGAAUCCUGAUGAGGGGGAGAAGAUCAGUUUCAGGAUGGAGAGUGCGUUGAAGGAGACCGAUGGGCGAGUCAGGCAGUUAUACGUCAAGAGGAAAAAGAAAGAGGAAGGGGAUGAAAGACCAGGUCCAGGUGAAGUCGAAGGGGUAGUUGAGAUAGAAUGGAGUAUGGCAUGA